AUAUCAUGCGACGUGCUUAAUUGCCACGUCACCUGAUCACAGCAGGCCUAUAAAUAGGCAUGAUGUUACACAAGCUUCAGAUACCUUAUUUUUUGUUUACUUAAUGUAUUUAGUUAGUUAAUUACUUACUUUGUAUUUGUUUUUGUUUAUUUGUUGUUUUUUAUUUGUUUUCUUUUGUUGUUUUCUAUACAUUUAUUUAGUUUAUAUUUUCUAUUUAUUUGUUUUGUUUUGAUUUGAUUUGUUUUUAUUUAGUUGUUUGUUUCUAUGUAUAUUUGUUUGUUUUUCUUUUGUUUAUUUGUUUGUUUUAUUUAUUAUGUUUUUAUUGAUUUGUUUGUUUUAUAUAGUUUUUAUUUGUUCCUUUCUUAUUUUAUUUAUAUAUUUAUUUGUUUGUUUGUUUUAUUUGGUUAGUUGCUGUUAUUUGUUUCUUUGUGUUCUGUUUAUUUAUUUUUAUGCCUUUAUUGAUUUCUUUGUUUCUGUGUAGUUUAGUUUGUUUUAAUUAGUUUCUUUGUUAGUUUUGUUUGAUAUUAUUUCUUUGUUUAAUUAAUGUAUUUUGUUAGUUAGUUAAUUAGCUUGUUUUUAUUUAUUUAUUCAUUUGUUUUCUAUUGAUUUAUUUUGUUUUAAUUUUCUAUUUAUUUGAUUUGUUUUUUUUUGUUAUUUGUUUCCACAUAGUUUUGUUUGAUUUUAGUUGUUUCUUUUGUUUUAUUUGUUUGUUUGUUUACUUCCUUAUUUAGUUAGUUUUACUUUAACUAGUUUUACUUAGUUUUUAAGUAGUUUUUUGUAGAUUUUAUAUAUUUGUUUUAUUUAUUUGUUUGUUUGUUUGUUUGUUUGUUUGUUUGACUGAUUGAUUUUGUAUAUACCCAGAAUAUUAUUAUUAGAUUCUUCUCGUUGUGUUUUUUUAUCAGCUUUAAAAGUUAAAAAUCCUGGCCUUAUGAGAAAAGCUCACAGCGGGCCUAAGGGUUACAAUAGACCCAAAUAGCAUUUACCAAUGGCAAGUGGAAGAAAGAACACACAACAAACUGGACUUCAGACAUCACAAUUACAAGGAAAUGAGAAAGGUACGUUCUGACUUCUUGAGGUACAGUAGCAGUCUUGAUGCUGUCAUAUGAAAAUAAGGCACGGCUGGGGUGUGGGGAGGUAGUGAUGCGGCACGAAAACAUUGCAUUAUUUUCAUAUAACAGCACGGUCUGGAGUGUGUUAUACAACAUACCAUUUAAACCACUUUGCCAAUGAUUAACUAAUGUACAAAAUGUCUCAGGGCGCACGGUGGAUUAGUGGUUAGCAUGUUUGCCUCACACCUCUGGGGUCUGGGGUUUGAGUCCCACGGGGUCGGUGCCCCGUGACCCUGAAAAGGAGUAAGCGGUAGAAAAUGGAUGGAUGGAUGGGCAAAAUGUCUCAUAGUUUAUAGUUAGAGUUAACGUUGUGGAACGUAUGAGAGACUAGUUCGUCUCUGUUCUCACAGAUAAACAGUGAUUCCUUCACCAGUCUCUCUCUCUCUCAAAAAGGCACUGUUUACAGAAAGCCUAAAAUCUUCUGUCCUGAAGAUUUUUCCUGUACUGAUGAACUUCACAAAGCACCAUGACUGUUAUGAAGCACUUACAAGCGAGAUUCCUUCCAUAAAUGUUAAAUAGACAGAAAAAAGUCCCCACAUCAACAAUUGUAUGUUUUACUUUGUUAACAACAACAUGUGUUUUUAAUAUCUGUGUAUUAUUAGUCAUAGUAUGUGCAUCCAGCGUAUGCUCAUAUGUGCGUAUGAGCUGUUACCAUAGAAAAGAUAAUAUGUUAGAACAAGCGCAUUAAUAUUAACCUGUUGUUUAUGUUACAGCUGGAACUACCUGUGCUGUCAUACAAAAAUAAUGCACACCUUCUGACCAAUCAGAUUCAAGCAUUCAGCCACGCUGUGUGUGUGCUUUGGCAGAGCCGCUCAGGUUCCUGGUGUCUGACUGAGUUCUGAGGUUCACCACACUCACCAGAAAACAAAUAUUACUCCAGGCUCUUAUUUAUUCUCAUCCUGUCCUCUGAAAAUAACCACCAACCAGCAGGGAACAGUGGUCAACACUAGCGUUAAUGUUUAUGUCAAUAUAUUUCAAUUUUGGCUUAGAAAGGAAGAAUAGGAACAACUUUCUGCAAAAUUCCCAUCUUUAGGAGGUGUUCUGGAUAAGAACUGUUGGUGUGACGAAUUAUCAACAUGACAUUAUAACCUGAUCUGAAAUAAUUACGUCAUUAACUAUUGUUAAAUGUUAAAUGAACUAUUCAAAAAAAAGGUUAUGUCCUGUAGAUGUGUGUGAUAUGACAGUAAAGUAAUGCAAAAGCAUUUUUAAAAAAUAAUUAUGGAUGGAUGGAUUUUUGGAUGGAUGGACAGAUGCUGCAUUUAAGAGGUGGGUGCAUGGAUGGAUGGAUGAAGCAGUUAGGCUUAAAAAUGGAAGAAUGGAUGGAUGGCUGGAGCAAGGCAGAUGGAUGGGUAGAUGGAUGGAUGGGUGAAUGGAUGGAUGGAUGGAUGGAUGGAUGGAGCUGAUAGAAAGUUCUAUAAAUGGAUGGAGAAAGCAUUCAAGAAGCUCUACAAAGGGAUGAAACAUUUAUGAAGUGUUAUAGAUGGAAGGAUGAAGCAUUUAGAAAGCACAAUGGAUGGUUGCUGGAUAGAGCAGUUAAGAAGUACUAUAGAUGGACAGAGUACUUAUGAAGGGUUAUAGAUUCUAGAAGCGUAGUUACCACCUCAGUGUUAUAUCGCAUUUUAUUUUUCCAUGUACCGUGAUACAGUAUCUUGGUCGGUUAUUAAUUCGUAUUGUUGUUGUUUUUUUUUCUUCUAACCUUCGCAGACUGGAAGAUUUAACUACCUGUGACAUCACUCACGUUAUUGUAUUUAUCUUUUCUAGCUAAUGAGGUCAGUGAAUGAGGCUUGUCCAGACAUCACACGCAUCUACAGCAUCGGGAAGAGCUACAUGGGCCUGAAACUUUACGUGAUGGAGAUCUCUGAUAACCCAGGCAAACACGAGCUGGGCGAGCCGGAGUUCCGCUAUGUGGCAGGGAUGCACGGAAACGAGGCUCUGGGCCGAGAGCUGCUGCUGAACCUGAUGCAGUACAUCUGUCAGGAGUACAAACAGGGCAACCAGCGCAUAGUCCAUCUAGUUAAGGAGACUCGUAUCCAACUACUGCCCUCCAUGAACCCUGACGGCUACGAGAUGGCCUACAAGAAGGGAUCCGAGCUAGCUGGCUGGGCUCUAGGUCGUUUCAGCUAUAAAGGCUACGACAUGAACAACAACUUCGCCAAUCUGAACUCUGUGAUGUGGGAUGCCAUGGAGCUGGAGACAGACAAGUCGAAACUCAUUAACCAUUACAUGCCUAUUCCUAAACAGUACACAUCGAAGGAUGCUUUGGUGGCCUCGGAGACACGUGCGGUUAUCAGCUGGAUGCAGUCGAUCCCCUUCGUACUGAGCGCCAACCUGCAUGGCGGUGAGCUGGUGGUCACAUACCCGUUCGACAUGGCACGAGACUGGGCUCCUCGCGAACACACCCCCACCCCGGACGACAGCUUCUUCCGCUGGCUCGCCACUGUCUACGCCAGCACCAACCAUGUCAUGUCCAGUCCAGACCGCCGGCCAUGCCACAACAAGGACUUCACUAGGCAAAACAACAUUGUAAACGGCGCUAACUGGCACACGGUGCCCGGCAGCAUGAACGACUUCAGCUACCUGCACACGAACUGCUUCGAGGUGACAGUAGAGCUGUCGUGUGAUAAAUUCCCUCAUGCCAGCGAGCUGCCUCUUGAGUGGGAGAACAACAGAGAGUCGCUGCUGGCCUACAUGGAGCAGGUCCACCGAGGCAUUAAAGGAAUCAUAAAAGACAAAGACACCAAGGCUGGAAUCUCAGACGCCAUCGUUAAGGUGGACGACAUCGACCAUCACAUCAGAUCUGCAUCUGAGGGGGAUUACUGGCGCCUGCUGAACCCUGGGGACUACACGGUGACUGUGCUGGCAGAGGGAUACGUGCCGGUCACGCGCUCCUGCAGGGUGGAAUACGAGUACUACCCCACCAUCUGCGACUUCCAAUUAAGCAAAACGCCCAAGCAGAGGCUGCGUGAGAUCCUCGCCAAGGGGGGAAAGAUCCCCAAAGGGCUGCAGCUCCGACUGCGCCAGCUGUAUCUGCGCAAAGCGGGUGCCAACAACCGACAGCGGACUGCACAGCGGUGCGUGGUCAGGAAAACACGUUAACCUUUGACCUGUUUUGCAGAGCAGAUACAGGACACUUUCGUAUUAUGAAUUAGAUUUGGGAUAAAUCUUACAUUCCCUGUAAUUAAGGAUUGCAGUGUUUAUAAGCAGCACGUUAUCAAUCAAAUGUUUUACCUCACUCUUUUUUUUUCAGUCUGGAACUGAUGUUUUUAAAGAAUAAAAUUAAAGUUUGAGUGCUCACAAA